GUCGAAGUUAUGAAUUUAUUAUGUUUGAAAUCCUAUUUUGCAGAAAAAAUGUCCGGAGUGUCGAAUAUCGACAUGAUGGAGGGAGAGACGGAGUUCCCGGAGGAUAUCCUGGACGACGACGACUACUCCGAGAUGCCGGAGCUAACGGAGUCUCCUAAGAAAACUGGUGUAUCAGAGGCUAAGGAUACUCCCAACGAAGCUAAGGAGGAGAUACAUGAAACCUCUGGUAUUGUCGGAGAGUGGGAGGAUAUCCUAGGCUCCGGGAGAUUAAGGAAGAAGAUUCUAAUAGAAGGAACAGGAGAUAAACCUGAUAAAUCUAUACGGGUUCGGAUUCAUCUAAAGGAAUUCUUGUACGAGGACGGAGAUUGUAUUAAAGAUGAGGAGUUAGAGAUGAAUGUUGGAGAGUUUGAACUUGUCCAAGCUCUCGAUCUUAUUCUUCCAUUGAUGAGAGUUGGAGAAACGUGCAGGAUUGAGAGUGAGAGUGCGUUCUGUUAUGGAGAACAAGGGGACGGAGAUAGGGUUCCUGGAAACCACAAACUUUAUCUAGAGGUGGAGCUCAUCAGUGCCAGGGACCUUGGACCCAUCCGGGACCUUCCUGAUCCAGACAGACCAGUAAUUGGAAAUGAGAAGAGGUUACGAGGAAACUACUGGUUUAAUAGAGGGGAUUAUAGUCAAGCUAUUCAGUGUUACAGAAAAGCUGCUGAGUUUCUUUAUGAUGAAAACCUCGAUGAUCAAGAGUUAGAGGUCCCAGUAGACAAGGAUAUCUGGCCUUCUGAUUUUACAGAAAUGGCAGAACCAAGAAUUGAAGUUUUGCUCAAGCUGUCUGAGGCACAAAUGAAAUUGAAGGCUUGGGAUUCAGCAUUAGUCACUGUAAAUCAGGUUCUUCGUAUUGAAGUUAGGAAUGAAAAAGCCAUCUUUAGGAAAGGAAAGAUCCACAAAGCUCUGGGAAAUGUUAAGGAAUCUUUAGCAAUGAUGGAGAAAGUUCUUCGGAUCUAUCCCCACAAUAGAUUAGCCCAGGUUGAGGUAAAGGAAUUAACUAAGAAGCUGAAGGAAACAACGUUGAAGGAGCAACGAAUGGCGAGGAAGAUGUUGGGACUACCUGAAGACCCACCUCCUCCACCACCUCAACCCCUGAUAACGAAAAACGAGCAGAUUAUCCGAGCUACCCUUGGCGCCAUUGUCGCGCUUACAAUCGCUAUUCUUGUGCGCGAGAUAUCAAAGUUGUUUUAGUCCGACUGUUUGCAUUGUUUAAAUCGUUAAAUGAUUUUAAGACAUUUUUACCAUUCUUUUGAUAAACCCUUAAAUACUGAGCUUUCAAUUCAGUUAUUUUAAUUAAUGUUCACUGUUACCAAAUUAACAAGAUGUUAAGUGUCAUGUCUGUUUUACUAUUUUUAACUGAUAUUUUGUCAGAUAUUAUUACUAACUAGUGUAGAUCGUUCAGGCUCGAAGUUAUGUUGCCAAUUUUAGUAUUUUGCAUUUUUUAAAUUUGAAAUUGUAAUAUUUAGUGAUCUCUGUUUUAUUUAUGUUUUGCACAAAUGUUUCGCAAAUCUUGUACAAUUGAUAAUGCAUGUAACAAUUAGGUUGUACAAUUAAAUUAAAUGUCAAUCGAAACAUUAAUCUAAUCCAUCCAAUAUGCAUUUUCUGUGAUUUGAAGGGAAAAAAUAAAUAAUAAUUUGAUCAUGUUGUCCUGUCCUAAAUAUCAAUCAUUGUUAAUUUUAGA